GCGGACAGCACAUCAGCAGCAGCAGCUGUAAGGACAGCCCUCGACUCUCGUACUGAGUUCCCGACUGUCCUCUCCAUCUGGGGGCGACCGGCCGGUCCUGUUCCCGGUGUGGGUUUGUGUUUGAGGAGGCCUACCACAGGAGGCGUUAAAGCGGCUUACUUCAGAUUAAUAGACGGCUGUGAGAUGUUGUGUCUGCUGCUCUGUCUGCUUCCUCCAGUGAGCUACGGCAGUAUUGUUGCCCAGCCUGCCGCUCACACAGAAAAACACAACCACGAGGCGGCCGGUGGCACCACGGCGAGGCCUCACAUCUACUUCUGCCGCUCGCCCAACAUGGAGGACUUCACCUGCUGGUGGCAUCCGCUCAGAAACCUGACAGACAGAGAGGUGGUCAACUACAUCCUCACCUACUCCACAGAGAAGGAGACCAAACAUGAAUGUCCAGACUACAUGACUGGCGGCCCAAACAGCUGCCACUUCGACAGCAGCCACACGUCUAUAUGGACGGUGUACUGUAUGACUGUGACUGCCGUCACCGCCCACAGAAACUACACCUCCAAGCAGCACUGCCUGGAUGUGGCAGAGAUAGUUCAGACUGAAACACCAGUCAACCUGACCUACAACCUGACGGAUGCCGACAGCAAUGAAAUGGGCCAAACCGCGCUGAUCUCCUGGACCUAUCCGGAGCCCGCUCACGUGCAGUAUGGUUGGAUCACGCUGGUCUAUGAGCUGCAGUACAGACGUGUCACUGAGCCCGACAACUGGAAGGUGAAGCAUCCUCUGUGUGAGCCUCAGGUGGAGCUGCUCGGACUUCCUGUCGACGACUACGUGGUCCGAGUUCGCUGCCGCGCGCGGCACUCCAAGCUGUGGAGCGACUGGAGCUCCGCACUGUCGAUGAGCGUCCCCCCGAGGCCGUCUGCAGGGCCAUCAGCAGGCAGAUGGGAUGUUGGUAAACUGCUGGUGCUAAUUCUGCUGACUGGAGUCGGUGUUGGGGCUCUGCUCAUUAUCACCUUUAGUCUUGUUCUACAGAGGAAGAGACUAAAAGAGUACAUCCUGCCACUGCUCCUGAAGAAGGGGAACUUGGAUGAAAUCAGCCGUUAUUUCAGUAAAUUCCACAGCUACAAGCCUCACAAGCUUACAAGCUGCUCUGAGGACGUCUGGGACCGCACGAGUGCCACUGACAUCUAUGUGACCAUACCAAAGGACAGCAGUGACACAGAAUCAGAGAGGGACACAGUAAAUGUGCCCUGUGACCUGGUGCCCACAGAAAUGUCUCCCCACCAUCAGCUCACAGCGUCAAACCCGACAUCAUACGUGCAGAGUGUGCCGUCUUACUGCUCCUUGCCCGCUGAUGCAGUCGCCCCGUCUCUGAAUGUUUCUUCCCCGUGGCCGAUGCUGAAGAUCGUAUCUCUACCUGGGACGGAUUACAGCAUGUUGGAACAUCCCGGCGUUCCCAAUGCCGUCCCCACUCCAGACCUCACUUCCAGCACCAGCCACUCACCGCAGGACAUCUACACCUGCAUCCAGCUCUUGAAUGAAAGUGGGGAAGUGCAUCUGGCGCCGUGCUGCCGGGAGCUCCCGCCUCUCCCAAAAGCCAACUUAGAUCCUGGAGAGAAGGAGGACAAGAAGAAGGAGGCAACCAACCACCAAACAUGGAGGAAUGAUGGCGGCAACUCUGAGAAGAGCGAAGCGGCCGUCAUUCAGCCGCUGUUGCUGCUGGCAACAGCGGCUGAGUGACAGGAAGUAGAUCCAGAAACUCUGAAAAAAAUGAGUCCAGCGUGGAGACUUUUAACAGAUGAUGAAAUCUGCUGUAACCUGCUGGUUUGACUGGAAACUUAUCCUGUUCUCUUUUUUUAUUUUGAAAAAUAAAACAAACUGCAGAAUAGGACAAAAUAAGAAUUCAGGAUACUUAAAGAAAAAGGACAAACCAACAAGACAAUUAAGUCAGAAACUGCAACCAGAGGGUCGCUCUGCAGGGCUCUGCAAGGUCAGCAGUGAUAUUAUUUUAUGGUUAAAAAGCAGGAAUUGUUCUCGUUGUGCUGGGGUAAGCAUCAUUUGGAUGCUGAGGCUGCUUUUGUAGAUCUCAGGAUCAGGUUUAAGUAAAACAUUUACCUGAUUUAUUACUGCAGUCAGAGUUAGCAAGUCUCACCUGCUGUGUGAGAAACAGAUGUUUUUUUUUUUCUGAGAGCAUGCAGUAGUUUUUAAGAAGAGUGGGUAGUGUAAAUGGUUUAUAAUGAUUUAUUUUUAUUAUAGAGUUUAAAAAAAUCUUGCAAAUGGAAAGCCAACCAAACUGCCAGAAAAGCUUCCAGAUCCUCGUACGUACAGUUUGUUCUUUGGCAGUGAAAUCCAGCAUCAUGUGAGACCUCAGGGAUGAGAGUUUUAUUGGCGUAAGUCUCACUCAGCUGUAUGAAGAUGACAGGCCUGCUGUAGUUUUGUUUGUUGUGUAGCUCAGCAGCCACUGAUUCAGCCACCAAGCCGCUCGAACCCUCGGGCUUCAGAUGUGAAGUCGGACACUUUGUCAAAUACAGGACAGAGUGGCUUAUUCCCGGGAAACACUGACACUGUGUCUUCAUCAACAAACGCUGGGAGGUUAAAGGAAAAAAAACAUGCAGCCUAUAAAAUGAAAUGUCCUCUGUCCUCACACACAUUUUCUGUCCAAAGGAAAAAAAAAAGUGUGUAACUGCUGAGGUCACACGCAGCGACCGACAGUAAGAGUUUGGCGCCCUAGUGCAAAUGUUUUACAUGUUUUAAGCUUUUUAUGUUACUGCAGUAAAAUUACCUCCAUCCAUCACUUACCCCGGCUGACCCAGAGUCAGACUUUAUUUAAGGCAAAUGUAUAAAUAUGUUACUCUAACUCUACAGCUGACUGCAGCUCAAAAGGAUGAGGCUGGCUCAGAUGGGUAGAGCAGUGACCAUGCCUUAGUGGCCCUUUAAGCUUCCAUGAUAAACUAUCACACCCUCCUUUAGAGAGUCCCUGCAGUCCAUUGUUCAUCCUUCCAAACAAAGUUUUCCAUUGAAAUUCAUUUAACUGCAGGAAUUCGUUCAUUCAUUCAUCAGCAGGUAUGAUCUGGGACUUACUUUGGUUGUUUUUUUUGUGGUGUUUCAUUGCAAAACUUAACUGUUUCAAAG